AUGAGUAAGCCAGCAUUUUGUCAAGAGCCACCAUUUGUGGCUCACGCCACUCAGGCGAUUAAAACUCUGAAGAUGACAGAGAAGUUCGACAGCCAGGAGGCUGACAGCGCAGACGCGAUCACGGAGUGGCUUCAGCGUCUGCAGCUGCAGCUGGGCGGCGCAUUUACCUGGGCCACCGAGGAGACCGAGGAUGGCUUCACGAUCAAUGGUGAACGUUACCAAAUCGAAGCUCUUUUAGGCGAAGGCAGCUUUGGCUCUGUGUACCGAUGCCUCUGCGAUGGGCACAUGCUGGCUGUCAAAGUCCUCAGUACAGAGAGGAUAGCCAUGAUGACCAACUGCUCGCAGCAAGUUGUUCUGCGGCGAAUGUUGCAGGAAGCCGAAAUUUUGGGCUGUCUCGGUGGCCAUCCAAACAUUGUCCAGCUGCGCGUUGCUGCUGUUUCGCAGCAGACCCUGCGAAUCUACAUCGCAAUGCAGUUGCUGGAGUGCAGUGAUCUUUUUUCUGAAAUGCUGCGGCGUCGACAGCCUUUCUCGGAGCGGGACGCACGGGAGGCGCUGACGCAGGUGACAAUGGCAGUUGUGCACUGUCACCGUCGUGGCGUUGCCCAUCGUGACAUCAAGCUUGAGAAUCUUAUGGUGGCCAGCCGCCGACCGUUGGUGGUGAAGCUCAUCGAUUUUGGCCAGGCUGUCAUGUACAAUCAAGCUCACGACAGAAUGCGGAGCAUCGCCAAAACGCUGACGACGACUUCCGUGUACACCCCGCCAGAGGUGCAGAAGGCCACCGAGGAUCAUUCUGCCUACGAUCCCUUCAAGUUGGACUCCUUCGCUGUUGGAGUGGUUCUGUAUGCUCUCUUGCUAAAUGCGUUGCCGCAGACCACUAGGGGCUAUCAUUAUGAGAAGCAUCCGAAGUGGAAACUGCUGUCAACAAACGCGCAAGACCUGAUCAAGCAGCUCAUGGAGCCAGAUCCGCAGCGACGGAUUUCGAUGGCAGAUGCGUUGCAACAUCCCUGGUUAUUGUCCAAAGGCAGCGGCAGUGCGCCGAGGAGCUCGAGGACGCACACUCCUUUGGAUCGAGACAGCGAGAUGCAAGUGCUGCUCGCAGCGCAAGAGCUGAACAAGGCCUUGCAGCGCGAGCGCGGCGCAAGCUGUUGGCUUCUUAGUGGGAACGAAGAAGCUGAGAACGUUUGCCGCUGGUUUUGUAAGUCAACCGAUGAAAGCUACGUCAAGCUGCAGGAAGGAUUGGCUUUCUGCCAGCUGGAAGACCAAAGAGCAGAUGUGAACAAGAGGAUCUGUCAAAUGGCCGACAUGACGCAGCGCCUGCGACUUGAGUGCCGCAACCUGAGAUUUGUCCCGAAGACGAGCCGGGAAGACAAUUUUGACGUGGUUUUCAGCGGGUAUAGCCAGCUGAACGAAGAUGCCAUAGGUCUCAUCGGUCAACUCACGAGUGCCUUCAAAGGCCCCGACACGCAGAUGAUGAUGGUGGAGCUGAAGCUAAGGAUGCUCCUUCACAUGGCUGAGCAGUUGGGCCGUGAGCGAGGUUUCAUCUCCUUCCACAUAGGACGGCCAGAGGCACUUCACUCUGUGAAAGCUCAGCUUCGCUUCGCCAAGAUUCAGGGCUGCAGGCAAUACUUGGUUGGCAGCUCUGCCCCCCAUAUGCAGCCCGAAGUCGUCUCUUGUGCCGAAGGGCUGUUGCCCAGUCUCAGGCUGGCCGACGAGCCAAUUCUGAGUACUUCGGAGCUCCAGGCUUUGGAAGCUGCUGAGAACUCAGUGAUGCAAGGCCACAGGAACACCUCCGAGUGGUUCGCCUUCCUUACUGGAAUGAUUGACAAGGUGCACCAGCAUGUUGGCAUGGUCAUCGUCAGCUUCAUCCAGGAAAUUUCUAAUUCCAAGACGCCUCUGGACAUCGAAGCUUGGACACAGAAGUCAAACCUGGAAGAUCUUGGGGAUCUUCUCUGGGUUGUACAGCAUCCUAAGCAUUAG